CCUCGACAUCGAUCCCACAGCUUCGCUUCUGUCUUUCGAUAAAUAUGCAUAUGCAACGAACAAGGCGUGUUGUUCGUUCGAUAUGUUUGCUCGCGUUGUCGUCAUGCAAUUUCUCCAAGUCUUCUCAUAGACUCCUCCUUUUGAACCCCGUGAGGGGUAAGGCUGUGAAGUCGUCGGCAAACAAUCUCCACGAUAUCCAGCCGAGGGUCAACAGAUGUGGCAAGUCAACAUACACUCGAAAUCAUGUCCAGCGGUCCAGAAAGUCCUGUCCAAGAUCAUCUUGCCUUAAAGAGAUGUCGAUUAAGAUUCCCACUCCUGAGCCCAAGUAACACUGGCGAUGGACGACGCCCCAGUUGCCGUUGGUGACGGCGUGCCUUUUGCCACAGUACAAGAUCCUGGCACGCCAUCACUCGAUACGAGUAGGGAGACCAAGCAGCCUCAUCAGACAAACGGUGUAAAUGGUACGAAUGGCCACGCAGAUUUGUCGAAUGGCGCCCAUGCCAGUCAAAAUGGGACCCACGGCAAUGAGAUCCCACUAUCAAACGUACCCGCAUACAGUACCCAGCGGAAACUCCGCAUCAUCACCAUAGGCGCCGGCUUCUCAGGCCUGAUGCUCGCACACAAACUUCGCUAUGAACACCCAGAAAUGGAAGACAUCGUGACCAAUACCAUCUUCGAAGCACGACCAGAAGUCGGCGGCACAUGGUUGGCCAAUUCAUAUCCAGGGGUACGCUGCGACGUGCCCUCUCACAUCUACGCCUUUCCAUUCGACCCAAACCCGGACUGGGGCCACUUCUAUUCCACCGGCGAGGAGAUCCAGGAGUACAUCAAGCACACGGUCAAAAAGUGGAACCUCGACCGUGACAUGCAACUUAACACCAGAGUCACUGGUGCAUACUGGCAAGAAGACCUUGGUCGAUGGAAAGUGUCGGUCGAGCAUGAUGGCCAGCACCGCGAUGAGUAUGCCGACAUCAUCGUGGCAGCGCAGGGCUUCCUGAGUACUUGGAAAUGGCCUGAUAUUGCUGGUCUGGACAAGUUCAAGGGCCAUAAAGUCCACUCAGCAUCGUGGGAUCACUCGUUCAAUUAUUCCCACAAGAAGAUCGGCAUCAUCGGCAACGGCUCGUCGGGGAUCCAGAUAUUGCCGCACUUGGCCAAACUUGAAGGUACAAAUGUGACGAGUUUCCAACGAGGGCCGAGUUGGAUUGUCGCGAGGAUGGAUCCGGGGAAAUUGCUGGGCAAGCCCGGGUUAGGUGACAAUCCAGAGUAUACUGAGGAAGACAAGAGACGGUUCCGCGAGGACAAAGAGGCGCAUCACCAGUAUCGAAAGAAUCUGAUCCAUUCGAUCAACAGGGCUUUUAAAAUGUUCGUCAAAGGCUCUCCAGAGAAUAUUGAGAACCAGAAGUUCGCGGCAAAGCAAAUGGCCGACAAAUUGGGCAACGACCCGGAACUCUGUGCAAAGCUGAUACCAAACUGGGAGCUCGGUUGUCGAAGAAUUACGCCUGGAUCAGGAUACUUGGAGUCAUUUCUGCGGCCGAAUGUGCACUUGAUUCAGAGCUCGAUCAAAGAGGUCACAGAGGACUCUGUGGUGACUGAUGAUGGGAAGACCACGCAAGUGGACGUUCUUGUUUGUGCAACGGGUUUUGAUGUUUCUCACUGCCCGCGCUACCCAGUCGUUGGCCGCAACUCGGUGAGCCUGGCAGACAAAUGGGCAGAUGAGCCAGAAUCCUAUCUCUCAGUUGCCUGCCCCGAUUUCCCCAAUUAUUUCAUCUUCACAGGCCCCAACGCGGUCGUCGGCCACGGUUCGCUUGUGGAGGGCUUGAACUGGACGGGUGAUUAUAUGGUGCAAUGGUUCAAGAAGAUCGUCGCGGAAGAUAUCAAAUCUGUAGAGCCGAAGCAGGCUGCCGUCGACGACUUCGUGAGGUACGGCGAUAAAGUAAUGAACACGCUGACGUGGACGGGUGCGUGUCGGAGUUGGUACAAGAAGAAUCGUGUCGAUGGAAGGGUCACCGCAACGUUUCCGGGGAGUGCCUUGUUGUACAAGAGGAUGAUUGCCGAGAUCCGAGGGGAGGAUUGGAAUGUCGAGUACCGGAGCCCAAAUCGGUUCAAGUUCAUGGGAAAUGGGUUUACCGAGUAUGAGUUGGAUGAGGGGAACGAUUUGUCGUGGUAUAUUGCUCGGUAGAUGAGUGUAAAGUGGUAUCCGUGGCACAAACAACCAUGCUGAACACAUCAGAAAUCUUACUGCACGCAAGCGCUGUCUGCCUUUCUUCUCGCGUGCUACUGCAAGGCUGGCGGAAGCGACGAACCUGUAAGAGCCGGUGUCGUUUUUGGGGGCUGAACGAGCCACAGAACGA